AUGGAUGAUGAAAAAUCAAUUGACACUCAAAUGCCUACAAAUGGAAACUUUGAUAAGGAUGAGAAUGGUAAGGAUGUAUAUGUCAAAAAGUAUAGAGGUACGAUUGAAUAUCUUUUAUAUCUUACUGCAUCUAGGCAUGAUAUUAUGUUUAGCAUUUGUAUACCCGCUCAUUAUGAAUCGGCUCCUAAGGAAUCACAUCUAAAAGUUGUUAGGCGCAUCCUUAGAUACCUUCAUGGCAUAUCUAAGUACGGGCUUUGGUAUUUCAAAGGAAGCGAUUGCAAUUUUGUUGAUUAUUACGAUUCCGAAUUUGCCGGUUGCAAAUAA